CGCUUAGCACACUGUGGCGGCGUCAAACGUAUCUCGGCCACUAUCUACGAUGAGGUCCGCUACGCCUUAAAGGACAGAUUGAAGACGCUUCUCCAGGAUGUUUGUGCUAUUCUGGAAUGCACUGCUCGUAAGACCGUUACUGUUCCGGACGUUGUCUUCAUUAUUAACAGACACGGCACUCCCAUCUACGUAAGGCGCGUUAUAAAUCUCUUUUUCCAUAAUCUCUAA